AUGUGUUUUGCUGAUGAUAUUGUGAUUUUUGCGAGAGGGGAUGUUGGUUCUCUUCAACUCAUUAUGCAGGUGGUGGAAAAAUUCACUAACUCAACUGGCUUGCAAAUGAGCAUUCCUAAAAGCAAGCUAUUUGUGGGAGGGGUAGAUGGCAUAACUAAAGGAAACUUGCAGCAAGCAACUGGAUUCUCUUUGGGGCAGCUUCCAGUCAAGUAUCUUGGAGUGCCUCUGAACAGUAGAAAGCUCACCAUCAACAAUUGUCAAGGGCUGCUAGAUAGAAUGACUGUUAGAAUUAACCAUUGGUGUAGCCGUCUUUUGUCGUAUGCAGGUAAAUUACAGUUGGUGAGAAGUGUGAUGUUUGCUAUAACCAAUUAUUGGAUGCAAAUUUUUCUUCUACCCAAAAAGAUCAUUAGGCUCAUUGAAAGCAUGUGUAGAAGAUUCAUUUGGGCUGGAAAUGACGAGAAGAGUAAAAGAGCGCCGGUGGCCUGGGACCAUGUUUGUGAUUCGAUUGCAAAUGGUGGAAGGAACAUCAUAGCCUUAGGGGAGUGGAAUAAAGCCACCAUUGGCAAGCUUCUCUGGAAUUUGAGCGAGAAGAAGGAUAAAAUGUGGGUUAAAUGGAUGCAUAUUUACUACUUGAAGAAUGGAGUGAUUGAGGAAUACCAGCCCAACAACAACAGUUCUUGGUUGAUGAAGUCCAUGUGUAAACAUAAAGCUGAAUUGAUGUCUAAUGAUGCUUGGGUUGAAUUCCAGGCUAAUAAUAUGUAUAGCACUCGAAGAAUGUAUCGGCAUCUGCGUGGGGACAAGCCAAGAGUUGAUUGGAGGAGGUUAAUGUACAUAAACAUGGCUAGACCAAGGGUUGUUUUUACUCUUUGGCUGGAAAAUAGAAGCCAUUUAUUCUUUGAGUGUGCAAUCACAAAGAAGAUUUGGAAGGAGAUUCUUAAUAGGCUUGGGCUUGGUUAUAUCCAUAUUGAUUGGAAUGAGCAUACUGCUUGGCAACAAGCCAAAGGGAAGGGCAACAAAAUGCGUAUUUUCAAAGCUGCACUGGCUGAAACGAAGUAUGGUCACUACUCUAGUGAUUGUCCUGAAAAACAAAAGAAUCAGGAAACUGAUGCAAAGUUUGCAAAGCAUGAAGAAGAAGAAGAGAUGUUGUUGAUUGUCACGACAAGAGAUGAAUAA